UCGGUAUUGGUCGAGACACAUCUUACUGACCUGGAUUCCUACAGAACAGAAAUAGCAGUGUUUUGUGCGACGAUUGAGGCCAAGGUGUCCGGUUUGUCUUUGGAUAGACCAUUCUCUAACCAGGAGUGGGUGGCAACAGAACAAGAGGUGGCUGGCUAUCUAGCUGUGAUGUCCUGCUAGUCCCCGUUACCGCCGCAGGGAGUCCUGGGUUAGUGGAUUACCUCACGGUGGGCUGUAUUAUUCAGGUAUCAGGCUGACAUCGCGGCAUGUGGCGCUUGUCACCUGGUGUAUACGGCUCUCUGUGAGGCCGUGUUUCGGGAGAGCGAGCUGGUGAUAAAACCCAGAGUACGGCGAUGACCGAUCCCUAAUUGGAGCUGGCUCUAGUUUCUGCGAGGAACUCUUCUAGAUUGGGUCUUGGUGGUUUUAACUAUACGGUGGUAUCGACACACCUGUGGGGUAACAGAGGGAGAUAUAUAUACAAGCCUCCGGAUAACGGCCACCCCGACCCCACUCUACCUUGGAUUAACAUCAACGGUUAGUGUGUCUAAUUAACAGUGUCUUAAAGGGACCAAAACUUCAGGAGUGUACCGCGGAUUUUUGGAGCCAUUUUGAGCGAGACUAGCUGUUUGACCGAGGCCAUCUGACCCAUGCUAUGUACAACGUGCGGCUUGAAUCAACACAUCGGUGAAAUUUGAACUUUCCCAGACGAGGUAUAAAACGAAGCGGAGGGAAAAAAUAAGGACGGGAAUUGUGUUGUGUGGCAGUGUGGGUUGAAAUGUUACGUGGACGUAAUUCAUAGGCUAUGGGCGGCGGACUGGGCAAACUUGACCAUACGGUACAGUUGGUUCUGUUAGGCCUGGAUUCUGCUGGGAAAACCUCCGUUUUGUAUCAUCUUAAAUUCGACAAGUUUUCCUGUACUGUCCCCACUGUGGGAUUUAACUGUGAAAAAAUCAAGGCCAAGUCUGGCAAGGCCAAAGGUACGAAUUUCACAAUCUGGGAUAUAGGCGGCCAGGAUAAAACCCGACCGUUGUGGAAAUCGUACCUGCGUUCAGCGGACGGCAUGGUGUUUGUUGUGGACAGUGUGGACACUGAGAGGAUGGAGGAGGCCAGAAUGGAGUUGUUAAAACUUGUCAAAAGUCCCGAUUAUGGUGGAUUACCAUUAUUGGUGGUAGCUAACAAACAGGACCUUCCACGGGCGAGUAGCCCAGAGGAGAUAGAGAAGAUGUUGACUCUUACUGACCUCUCCCCUGGUCAGUUAUAUCAUAUACAGCCAGCCUGUGCAAUCACGGGCGAAGGCCUUCCAGAGUGUGUGGACAUAAUGUAUGAUUUGAUCAUCAAAAGACGGAAAACCAAAUCCAGCAAGAAGAAAAUAAAGUGACAUAAUAUAUCUACUUAUAUCUGUACUUUAUACAUAUAUAUACAUAUAUAUACUUAUAUAUUUACGGGGAUGUGAAAUAUUGAACUAUAAGUGCUGUCCAGGACUGAUGACUUAUUGAUUAUAUCACAGGUAUGUGAACAAUGUGUACAUAUAUAGUGAUAUAUCUGAUCUUUAUUUUAUGAACAUUACCGUAGCACUGCUACUACGAUGUGUACUAAUCAAAACUUACUCAAUACGACGAUGAAAUACCGUGCAUACUUAGCAGGUAUUCGACUGGCAGAUAUUGUGGAUUUGUUCACACCAUGAACGUAACUUGGUUAAUAUUGUAAGGAUUUUAUUUUAUAGGUAUAAAAUACCUAAGGUUUUCAACAGGUGUUCUUGUUAUUUCCAGCCAAUUUCGUUCUGUACAAGCACUAAUGAGAAGCGCUGAAUAUUCCGCAAGGCCAGGACUUUCCGGGUCCGCAUUGGUUGUCAGUAUCCAGUAUUUUACGCGAUAACACCAUACUGUAGUGAUAUUUAAAAUCAUCGAACCUAAGGGGCGGCUGUAAUUGAGUCUGUGUAUAAAUAGAAACAGUGAUUACAAAUAUGACGGUUGGAUAAUCAACAAUUUAUUACAGAAAGCACAGUUAUACAUCUGUAAUUUUGUGGUUGAAAGAUAGACCGUUUCUGUACAAGUGUAGCUAAUUGUUCAGUAUAUCACUACCUACAUGUAUAUACUAAGGUGUGGCCAAUCCCGAGUCACUAACAUAUUCAGGUGUGUCAAAACUGAGUUAACAACGACCAAGUUUCCUUUUGUAUAAUAUAGACAUUCGAUUCAGUCUUCCAAGCCCUUUGGCCCGACCAUUUUUUUAGAGACACCAAGUUUACAUUUGUUCAUCAUUUACAUUUUUAACCUCUUAGACAUCCAGGUACUCGUGUAUACAAUGUUUUGUUUGUGCAUGGGUCGAAACGUUUCUUGACUAUAAACGCUGAUCUCACUGAUCCAGUAUUAGGUCAUUGUCAGAUUGUGAACUGUGUUUUUCUAUACCUUGUAACAUCUGUUACAUAACUUAGUGAAAUGUGCACGUCCGUGUGUAUAUUUCACUUUGCACUCAGUGUGGUUGGUCGUUUAUGAUUCUCCAAACGCGACGUAGUUCUGAAGUAGCGCACAGUUGUCGUGAAUUAACAAGUCUCUUACCGUGUAGGGUUUGUGAUAUCACGGCUGAUUUGUAUCAUGUUAGAUAAGAAAGUGCUGUGGGGAGCGAAAUUUGUUUUCUUAAAAUCUUCAUAUUGUUGUCGAAGUGUCUGAGUAACUCUUCAGGUCCAAGUUGAAAUUGUGCGCAUAUUUUCCAAACAAUGUCUGUUUAAUGUCUUAAUUCCAGUAGACGUUCGUUAUUGAGGGAUCACCUAAGUCAAAUGCUGUUAAAUUUAUUUUGCAAUAAAAUGUUUAUCUUUGCAACAACA